UAUCUUCGGUUCGGUUUGAACCGAUUUAGAGUGAAAUUUUACGAACCGGAAAUCAAUUAGGGCAGUUCACUGGUUCAUGGGGUGUGUGCGGAAGGGGAAGUUGUGCGGCUGUUGUUAUAUAUCAGAGAGGCGCCUUGCUUCAAAAAGGGGUAUAGAAGAAGAAGAAUACGAAACCGUUUCGAAUCGUUAUCCGAAUCUCAUAGGGUUUUUGGAGGAUCUAACCCGAACAGUCACACAAGAUGGACAUGUAUGAGCGAGUGGCGAAGCCCAAGGUUGAGACUCCGAUUGCUGAGAACGAGAUUCGUAUCACCAGUAUGGGUAGAGCGCGUAACUGCAUCACCUACGCCAUGGCUCUUUUUCAGGAGAAAGGAUCGGAUGAAGUUGUUUUCAAGGCAAUGGGAAGAGCUAUCAGCAAGACUGUCAACAUUGUUGAGCUUAUCAAGAGAAGGAUUCCUGGUCUUCACCAGAUCACAUCUAUUGGAUCCACUGACAUCACUGAUACCUGGGAACCCCUAGAGGAAGGCCUUCUUCCAAUCGAGACAACAAGGCAUGUGUCGUUGAUAACUAUAACACUUUCGAAGAAGGAGCUCAACACAUCCUCUGUUGGUUACCAGUGUCCGAUCCCGAUUGAGAUGGUGAAGCCAUUAGCUGAGAUUGAUCACGAAGGACGAGAGGGACCACCAAGAGGCAGAGCAAGAAGAGGCAGAGGCGGAGGAAGGGGAAGAGGUGGCAGAGGUGACGGGUAUGUGAACGUUGAGUAUGAUGAAGGAGCUAUGGAGCCUGAGCAGUCACCUGGUAGAGGAAGAGGUGGCAGGAGAGGACGUGGUGGUCGUGGAAGAGGAGGUUAUGGUCCUCAACCUCACCACGAAGCUCAGCAAGAUGGAGGGGACUAUGGACACAAUGCUCCUCAACAGUAUCGUGAGUAUGAUGAUGGAGGUAGGGAUCAUGAGCGUAGAGGAAGAGGGCGCGGGGGAAGAGGAGGACGACGUGGUGGCCGUGGAAGAGGAGGUUACGACGGUCCUCCUCCUUACUAUGAAGAUCAACAAGGUGGAGGAGACCUGUGUUUAAAAAGGCGCUCGCCUUAUGCGCCAAGGCGCAAGGCGCACUCAGGCGAUAGCUCCAUCGCCAUGCACAUCCCAGGCAAGGGUAUGGUCCCUAAGGCGCUCGCCUAGUGCGCUUUGGCCAUAAAGCGGUGCCUUCAAAGGCGAUGCAAAGGCGCGCCUUGGAGACCCUAUGUUAACCGACACUAAACCAGUCUAGAAUGCACUGCGAUUGCUUAUCUCUGUAAUUUUGGUGCUUCUUUUCUUUUAUACAUUUCAAGUGGUCUUCAAGGCGAGAGCCUCGAUGCGCCAUGGCGCAAGGCGCAAGGCACAUACUUCAUCGCCAUGGAGCGCCAUGAGCCUUUUUAAACACAGGAGGAGACUAUGGUUACGCUGCUCCUCCUCCAAGGGAUCAUGGGUAUGAUGAUGGAGGUAUGAACCCCGAGCGAUCAUCUGGUAGAGGAAGAGGGGGCGGGAGAAGAAGAGGACGUGGAAGGGGAGGUUACGGUUACGGUGGUGCUCAACCUUACUAUGAAAAUCAACAAGAUGGAGGAGACUAUGGAUACAACAACAAUGCUCCUCCUCAGGGCCGUGGACGUGGUGGCCGUGGAAGGGGAGGAGGUCGUGGAAGAGGAGGAGGACGUGGUGGAUACAACAGAUCGGAAGGACCACCGAACAAUGCAGCUGCUUAAGUGAGAAGGGUCGUUGAAUGGACUUUGGUUUUUUUUUUCCCUUCAUUGUCUAUCUUAAAAAGAACAAGAUGUUGCCGUAGAAUAAUUUCCAUCUUUCAUUUUGUCUUUUAGGUAAUGUUAAAUGUUCAUUUAUUUUAUGAAUGUUGCCUCUGUGAGUUCUCAGGUUUGUUUUGUUUCUUCCAAACAUUUCCCAGUUUUGUCUUUAUUUUCUGAGUUAUUGAAAAUUUGCAAGUUUGGUACU